AUGACGGAAGAUAUGUCAAAAAUAUACUUAGAUGAAGACAAAAAUUUACAGUUUAAUGAUAUUUAUUUAGAGGAAAUCACAGAAAAAACACAAAUCAUUGAGCCUUCAAUUAGUGGCUCCAAUCAAACAUUGGAAAAACUGUUAGAAAAAUUGCUCGAAAGCAAACAAUCAAAAUCUGAUACUCAAAAUUUAGGAACAAUUGCUAAGGAUUUCAUGAUAGAUAAAUUCAAUGGCAGAAGCUCAAAUGCUAACCAGUGGAUGGAAAUUUUUAAUAAGGAAUGUAGACGUUUCCAGAUCAACGGGGACAAAAAGAAAAUUGAAAUUUUGAAACAUUUUUUGGAAUGCUCCGGCGCAGAGUGGUACAGCUGUAUGCUAAUGAAACUUACAGUAGAGUCAGAGUGGGACAUAUGGGAGAAAAAUGUUUGUAAUACAUUUGCAAACAAAGGAUGGUCACCCAUUAGAUAUGCACUUGCUUUUAAAUAUCAAACAGGUUCAUUACUUGAGUAUGCUUUAAAAAAAGAAAAAUUAUUACUGGAAGUAAGGAAAUCGAUUGAUACAGGAACACUUAUAGACCUCAUAGUUUUUGGUCUACCAAAUUAUGUAGCUGAUAAAAUUGAUAGAGACAUUUUACAAGGCACAGAAAAUCUUUACAAUGAAAAAGGAAAAUUGGAACACACCGUUGGGAAGAAUAGGUAUGAAAAAAAAGUACUAUAA